AUUCCUUCCAGUGCCCUUGGCCCUUUGCUUCCCAGGACUGCUGGAUGCAGAUCCACAGCAAGGAGUUUUGCUCUCCCGUGCCAUCUGCAUUGCUGGCUGUCCACUCCAACUACUGAAGGGACUGUCACCUUUUACAGUCUCCACGGUCUUAGGAAAAUAAAAACAACCUCAAACCUCCAAGAUCACUUCCUCUUUCAGAAAACUAUUUGGUACAGGAAUAAAGAUGGCUGCCGCGCCCACAGAAAAUAAUUAUAUCAACUUUGUGGAAAUGACAUUUAUUGAUGAUACACUUUACUUCAAAGCUGAAGAUGAUGACAACCUGGAAUCAGAUUACUUUGGCAAGAUUGAACUUAGACUCUCAAUCUUAAGAAAUUUGAAUGACCAAGUUCUCUUUGUUGAUCGGAGAGAGCAACCUGUGUUUGAAGAUAUGACUGAUUGUGACAUUUUAGGUAAUGAACCCCGAACUACAUUUGAAAUAUACAUAUAUAAAGAUAGCCAACCUAGAGGUCUGGCUGUAGCCAUCUCUGUGAAGUGUGAGAAAUAUUACACUCUUUCCUGUGAGAACAAAAAUAUUUCUUUUAAGGAAAUCCAUCCUCCUGAUAAUAUAAAUGAGACAAAAAGUGACAUCAUAUUCUUUCAGAGAGCUGUUCCAGGACAUGAUGAUAAGAGGCAAUUUGAAUCUUCAUUGUAUGAAGGAUACUUUCUAGCUUGUAAAAAAGAGAAAGAUCUUUACAAACUUACUUUGAAAAAACAGGAUGACUCUAGAGAUAAAUCUAUAAUGUUCACUGUUAUAAACAAGAACUAAACAUUAAAAUUUGUUUUCUGAGUUUUUUAA